AGUUAAGAGAUCAUUAAAGUUGGACACUGUUAAAAAAGAUAAUCCAUCUGAUGCAACACCUUUGAAGACCAAAAAGAAAAAUCUAGACUUUUACUCACCGACAACAGGAACACGCCAAAUGAGUCCAUUUUCAUCUCCUAUGAGUGGAGAUGCACAAAAUCUCAGAAAUCGCCCAUCAAAUGGAGAUGGAACUGAGCAGAAUGCUUCAAAAAGCAGACUAUCCAGAAGAGGGCAGCCUCAAACAGAGGAGAAUGCGUUCAUGGAACUGCAGUCCAAAGUGAAAAGUUCAUUGGUUAGAAUUAUGAAAAUAAGAGCAAAUCUGACAAGUCUGCAGGCCUUAGAGGGCAGUAGAGAGCUUGAAAAUAUUAUUGGUGUCUCAGACUCGUCUUGCAUCUUGAGUGCUGAAGUGCAGAAAACCCAAUUGCUAAUGAGUCAAGCAGAAGAACUGCAGCUGUUUAAAAGAAACCACAGAGAACUUCCUGCCCGAGAGUACGUUCAGACUGCCAGUAGCUCUGCGUUCCUGAAGUCGCUCCUUGACUGA